UAUGUACAAAGUAAAGAAACAUCUAACUUGCAAGUGUAAUUACAAACCAGACCUAUAUACACUACCCCUGAAACCCUAACCCUGAAGAUAGUGAACAGUAUGAAUUCAUUCAAAUCGAGGACGGCAGGAGAGGGAUUACGAUUUGUGUGCCGAGAGAAGCCGGAGAAAGAACUGGACCUCAGCGAUUCAUGCCCUAAUCUUUCCAAUGCCAUUGUGACAGAGCUCCAUCAGAUAUUUGGCAACAAAAGUGAGACAGAGCCCCAAUUUUGGGAUAAGAUGGCGUGGGUAGAGGGAUUGAUUGCGCAGGCCCUGGCAGGGGGUAAUGGAGAGCGAGGCAGGCUCCAGUGCCUUAAUGGUGGCUGCGUUUUUCUGGGGGCAAAGAGGGGAUUCCAUCAUUGUGGAGCAACUUAUGCAGAUUUUGGGAGAUUGAUGUGCUACAGCUAAAAGAAAAGGGAAACCUGAAUGGCAGAAGUCCUCGGAAGUGCCAUAUAUUUUGUCAGACAUAUAUCUAUAAAAAAACUGUAUUGGACGAGGCAUUUCUUAAAUUUCUUGUUAAAUAUAUGACUACAUGAUCAGUUCCUCCAUUUACUAUGGAGUUGCAUAUUUAACAGGAAACAUAGGAGGCACAACUCUUAAUGCACUUUUAUAUAUAUAUUUUUUACAAAAUAUAUGACUGCAUAACCCCGCUUCCAAAAUCCUCUAGUUGCAGAGAUAAAAUACCUGUUGUGUGAUUUGAGUGGGGAUGAUUGUCUGGAAGGUCUAAGGCUAUAAGGAUUGGGGUUCUCAAGAUGUCCCUCUAUGCUCAGGCUUUGCUUUAGGAUGGCACUCAAGGUUCCGCAACCUAAACAUGGGAUGCUAUGACUGUUCAAGUUUGUUCAGUCCAGGCAUUACGCUGAUACGUUCAGGUUAGGUUAUUUUUCAGUUUAUUCUAUUUUUUAAAUUGAUCAAUUGGAUUUUUCAAGUGUUUUGAAAAAAAUUAUGUAAAUUUUUUAUUUAUCACCUUUUUUAUUACAAUACUUGCUUAUAAUU